AUCCCACCGUUGUGAAGAUGGACAGCUUUGGUGGCCGGUAGCAAAUCCCAUAGAGCCGCCGGGUCGAAGAACAUGGCGAAGACCUACGACUACCUCUUCAAGCUGCUGCUGAUCGGCGAUUCCGGCGUGGGCAAAACGUGCGCGCUCUUCCGCUUCAGCGAGGACGCCUUCAACGCCACUUUCAUCUCCACAAUCGGUAUUGAUUUCAAAAUCAGGACGAUUGAACUGGAUGGCAAGAAAAUUAAGCUGCAAAUAUGGGACACAGCUGGGCAAGAACGAUUCCGGACAAUCACAACUGCUUAUUAUAGAGGAGCAAUGGGCAUCAUGCUGGUGUAUGAUAUUACUAAUGAGAAAUCUUUUGAAAAUAUUCAGAACUGGGUCAGAAACAUUGAAGAGCAUGCAUCUCCAGAUGUAGAAAAAAUGAUCCUUGGAAAUAAGUGUGAUAUAACCAACAAACGGCAGGUUUCCCGAGAGCAAGGUGAAAAGCUGGCUGUUAGCUUUGGAAUUAAAUUCAUGGAGACCAGUGCAAAAGCAAACAUUAAUAUAGAGAAUGCAUUUUUUACACUUGCCAGAGACAUCAAAGCAAAAAUUGACAAGAAACUGGAAGGCAAUAGCCCUCAGGGCAAUAGCCCAGGAAUGAAGAUCAGCCCAGAUCAGCCAAAGAAAAGCAGUUUUUUCCGAUGUGCCCUUCUUUGAGGGGUACGGCCUUAAUAUGAGGUGCUGUUCAACCUUUCUGGACUUGCCCAUUUGCACAGGCUUUUUUCCUCUCUGGAUUUGAUCCCACACCAGUCUAAUGCAACGGGACAAAGUGGCUCCUUUUCAUAAUCGACCCUUCUGUGAUAGAGAAGCAUUAAUUCCAUCACUGCUCCUGAUAAAUGUGGGGGCGUGUAGAUCAAGAAAUCAGAUACCGGACAUUUUGAAACAGGCUUUUCUUUUUCUCUCGGGAGAUGCUAACUAUUAACUGUUAUCAUGGCUA